CAUGUGACACACGUAAAAGGACUCAGAUGCCUCCUGGUUGUCUUGGCAGCAGCAUGUCAACUGAACGACUCCAUUCACUGCCUCAGGCUUCUGCUCCAGUCUUAAACCAGACUCCUCAUUGAGAUUGGCGCAGACCACGACUAUUGCCCAACCCAAGAGCAGAUGCCACCUGAAGACUCUGCCCCCGGACAUGGUAGAUGACCCUCUUAGCCGAGGUGUGCCCACCCUCUCGUGAUCUCAGCCAGAAAAUGAUGACAAGGGAGACGACGGAUGAUGAUGAUGAUGAUGAUGGAGAAAUGAUUCUACCGUUUCUGGAGGCUGCUGCAAAAGGCGACGUGGAAGAAAUCAUCAGAUGUCUUCUCAUUGAUCAGAGGCUUAUAAAUACCCCACAUCCGGGGACUGGGAACACCGCUCUGAUAGUGGCUGCUGAAAAGAGAAACGAAAAGGUGAUCGCGAUUCUUCUGGAACAUGGCGCUGAUGUUACCUUCUGUAAUUCUGCAAACCAGACAGCUGUGCAUGUAGCUGAGGACCCCAUCCGGGCCCCGCUGCUGUCCGCUGUCACAAGGACCUCGUACCCACAGCUAUCGAUGCUGCAGGCGGCAUGGCAAGGAGAUCUGGGGAGACUCCAGCACCUACUGUCCACAGGUCACGGUCAGCACGUUCACACCAGAAAUGGACAAGGCUUGACCCCCGUCAUGUUGUUGCUGCGGGAUGUAGACCUGUUUGUCAGUGUGACUAUGGGACGUGACUACAGACCUGUGGAUGUGCUACAAGAACUUCUCAGACACAACGUGGACACUGAUCUCCUGGAUUAUGAAGGACGUUCUGCCAUCAGCUACCUGUCAGAAGUGACGAGUCCCCUGAGAUGGCAGCUGACAGACGCUUUGGAGAGGUGGGCACCCCCGCCAGACGCACAUGGUGAAGCCUCCUGUGACUUGUGUCUGGAUACAAAGCCUUCAUUACAUGACGCUGCACCAGCUGGAGUAUACAGCUCUGCUAUUCCCAAGGAAAACUCCAUGAAGCUGAGAAGUGACGGGAUCUCCAGUGAUAUUUUGGAGGAGACCCUCGAUCCUGCAGCAGACCUCGGGGCUCAACCAGAUAUUCAAGAAGAAAUUGCUUUCCAUGAAAUAGAAAACUUUGCCCAAAUGCAAGAACGGAAAGGAAACCCCUGGCAUAGACAAUGGUUCACUGAUCCUUCUACCCCUGAACACUUGACCUUUCCAUCAGCCAUUAAGAGGCACCCAUCUCUUCCACCGAUUCACAUGAAGGCCGGAGAAGAAGUCAGCAAGCUGGAAAAGCUGGGGCUCGGUUACCUGGUGCAGGAGUCUUAUUCCGAACCUAAUAUCUCAAAAUGUUACUCAACCCCAAAUACUCUCUAUGACAUCAAGUCCAUAAAGGGGCACAUUUGGCAAAGGUUGGGUUCAGCUGAAUUGUCAAGGGACAGCAAGACUUUUCCGCCAAUAAGUCAUUCCCCUCGAUCUCCGAUGCGGGCCAAACUAAAACCUUUGUUAGAAAGCGGUUGCAGUAAUACAAAGACCAAUAAAUCGAGCAUGGCUCAAAGCUCUGCCAACCGCAUUGGUGUGAGAGGUGAAGGGUUAACCUAUGAACAUAAUCUCGAGAAAUCACUGCAAAACCUGGAGGACAAACCCUUGCCUGGAGAUUUACUUCAAAUUAAUUUAGAUGGUUCUUUAUGCUCCAAAAACCAACAAGGCCAUAGGGAUGAUUGCUCAUCAAAAACUGCAGAGGAUGGAAGCACUGGAUCUAGAAGAAAAGACUCUGCAGAAGAAAGAGAAACAGCAAGAAGGCACGCAAACUGCAGAGACCCGAAACCACCGCUGCAUACUAAUGGCAAAACACAAAAAAACUGCAAGGAGACGGGAACUUCUUUACAUAUUGAACAGAUACAGUUACAUGGGCACGGUGACGGCUUGGGAAAGAGUAGGCUAAGUGAGAUAGAGAAGGAAGAACUGUCAGACACCAGAAAAGAUGAAAAGCUGGAGAUACAUGACAAAAGCAAAGGAACUGAACAAAAUCUAAGGACAUCCACACCCACCAAUGAAGACACCAAGAGGAAAGUGGAGCCCAAAAACAUGGACUCCUCAAGAACACCCAAAACUAGUCACAUUCCCUUUGUAAAAAUCACAUUCUCUGAACAAGAGCCCAUGAGAGAGAUGAGCUAUUCCCCAGGCAAACCUUUUUUUACUAAACGAAAGCCGAAGCCGGGCUCCCUACUGCACAAUGUAAAUCACAGUUUUAACAUACAUGCCCAGAAAGAGAAUGAAAAGACUCCGAAAACCAGGAAGGGCAGGAGCAUGUCUGCCCAAGAUAACACAAAAUACCAAAGACCUCUGUCUUACAGCAACCGAACCCAUGGGAAAAGCCUUCCUUUACCCCCCUUAGUCAAUUCAUCUGUGCCAUCACCUUCCAAAGUGUCCAAGAAAGUUGCCCGUUCGGCACAAGGAAGCACUGACAGGAGUAUUCAUCGUUCUCAUACCCAACUUUCUCUUUGUUCUCAAAAGCGAAUGAACUCUCCAAGAAACACUCCCAUUCUACCCACAUCAAAGUCAUCCUGUGAUUUUCAGGCUAUAGAAUACAGCGAUAUGUUUGUAGAGAUAACGUCACAACAAGGUAAUGGUCCAGUCAUCUACCAAAUGUUCCCACCUACUGUCUAUGUCAACAUUCCCAACUCCAGUAGAAAAACCAGCUCUGCUUCCACCACUAAAAGUUGUUCGUCUAAAGGUUCUUGUGCGGGUUCCUCAAGAAACAGCAGUGCAAGAUCUAAAAGACCUAAACUGAAAAGCAAAAAAAAUCCAUCUGCUACGAGCCAGCGCCGAAGAAACUCGUUAUCAAAGCAAGAAGGUACAGAGAAGGGCGAAAACAAAACAGAGAACACGGUCAUCAUUUCUGGUGUGGACUGGGAAAUUAAGACACAAAAACAAGAUGGCGACAUCACGGAGUUUCCUGUGAAUGGAAUGAUAGAGGUUAUUGCUGAGCAUCACAACUUUGAGUUGACCACAAUCAAUGAAGCCAGUUUAGAGAACUCAACCACCAUUAAAGGAACCAUUAAGGAAGCCCUCAAAAUGUUGAGUGAGCUGAAAAGAAGGUCCAGCAAUGUGGGACCCAAUAAUCCCGAAAACGUGGAUCAGGAUCUUCUAAGACAGGACAGUGAUAUGGGACAGUGUGUUCAAGAAGACAUUGGCUUCACCAAACACAGCUCCAAUGGGGAAACAUGCAACGUACAGGAUCCUAAAACUGGAAGUACAUCAGCACCAUCUCAGGAUCGAAAUGCUACAGAGACCCCUUCACAAUUCCAACAAGAUGAAGCCUUGGAGGACUGGGUACUGGACGACAAUCAGAAAGGAGAUUCGGUUGAACCCACAUACAACAGAGAGGAUACGUUUUCCACAACCCAAAACAUCCAGAGGUCCUUCAGUCCUGGAGGCAGCGAAUAUCUAACGGCCCAAUUAUAUGCUUGUCUGGAAAAACUAAUAUCGACUGAUGAAGAAUUCAGUGAAUCUGAAGACGGAGAAGAUGGUAUACAAGGUAUACAUGUCAGUGAAUCCCAAAAUGUUGGUGAGCACCUCAACCCUUCAAAUAUACAACAGGGGGAUGUACCGAGACGCACUAAUGUCUCCAGAAACCAAGAUGUGACCCCAUCACCGUCUACAAGCACAGGAAUAACAGAGGCAAAUAUGGGGGCGGAGGUGAAUCCAUCUCAAAAUUCACAUUGUGGUAAUGAGGGUGAUGGAAGAAGAAGUGACUUACCGGCUCAUGAAGGCUUGGAUAAAGAAAGGCGAUUUUCACACCAACAAAAACGAAUUAUUCAGGAGGUGAGUGCAAACCCAAGUGUGAGCGACCAUAAAUCUCACACCGACCCUACUGCUAAUCAGUCAGGACUGCACCACAACGAGAGCGCCACCCACUGGAUCAAGGGAGAAGUGCUGGGGAAAGGAGCGUAUGGAACGGUCUAUCGUGGUCUUACAAGUCAAGGAGAGCUCAUUGCUGCAAAGCAGGUGAUUUUACAUGGCUCAGACCCGGAGUUGGCUGAAAAGGAAUAUAAAAAGUUGCAGGAAGAGGUGGACUUGUUAAAGACCUUGAAGCACCCCAAUAUAGUCGGAUACUUGGGGACAUCCUUUGAAGACCCAGUGGUGACCAUCUUUAUGGAAUUUGUCCCCGGAGGGUCCAUUUCCAGCGUUAUACGCCAUUUUGGUCCUCUGAGAGAAGUCGUGAUCAGCAAGUACACGAGCCACAUCCUGCAGGGCAUUUCCUACCUGCACCGGAACAGAGUUGUGCACCGAGACAUCAAAGGGAACAAUGUCAUGCUGAUGCCAAACGGGGUCAUAAAACUCAUUGAUUUUGGCUGCGCAAAACGUCUCAAUGGCCUGAGCAUGAAUGGUACCCCUGGGGAGAUGCUGCAUUCAAUGCGGGGCACACCAUAUUGGAUGGCACCAGAAGUGAUCAAUGAGUCUGGACAUGGGGAAAAGUCAGACAUUUGGAGUAUUGGCUGCACAGUGUAUGAAAUGGCGAUUGGAAAACCACCCCUGGCUGAGAUGGAAAGGAUGGCCGCCAUAUUCUAUAUUGGUAUAGAAAAGGGACUUAUGCCAACCCUCCCCGAUCACUUCUCAAGGAUCGCCAGAGAAUUUGUCAAUCUAUGUUUAACCAGGGAUCAGGACAAGCGCCCAUCGGCAGAACAGCUCAUUCAGCACACGUUUGUUCGAUCGAUAUCAUAGACAACUUAUGUGCCAUCAGACUUCACAUUCAACGCAAAGCAAAUCUUUAAUAAAAAUAAAAAAUAAAAAAAAAUUCUAUUCA